UAUCUCUCUCUUUCUCUCGCGAUGUCCUUGUAGUAACUUCUUCGCCAUACGGUAUUAAUUGGAAUUUGCAUGAUAUAACGGCCUUGUAUAUUUAUCUUCCUCUCACUGUCACGCAUAUGAUCAAUCAAUAUUUCGACUGUGAAAUUCACUUUCUCCGGGACGGAGAGUAGAUCACCAGCCCUAAUAUAAACGUCAGUAUUCCAAGAGCUGUUUCAUAUCUGAGCUGUGCCUACCUCUACCUAUACCACAUCAUCAUGAUUCCCGCAUUGAGCCUCGUACUUGUGUUGGCAGCCUCCUUUGGAGAGAUGGCUUAUGGACUCACCGAAGAGGAGAAAACAACUAUCCUGGCUAAACAUAACCAGUACCGUAAUGAAGUAGAUCCACCUGCUGCAAACAUGAGAUCUCUGCGAUGGAACCACUGGCUUGCAAACACGGCGCAGACGUGGGCUGACCAAUGCACCUUCAGCGACAACAACCCUUCUUCACCAAGAUGGGACGUGGUAGGCCAGAACAUCGCCCAAGGGGUCGGCAGCAGUCUCAUUUCUUUGAUGGAUUCGUGGAAUAAUCAGAAGGAUAAAUAUGACCUCGACACCGACACGUGUUCACCUGCCCGCGCAUCCUGCAACCAAUAUAUUCAGGUGGUUUGGGCUACAACCUCUUUCCUUGGAUGUGGCAAGGCUCAAUGUGAGGGAAAGACAUACCUCGUCUGUUACUACGGAACCGGGUAA